AGUAAGCAAGCAUGUCAAAUCACAUCAGCAAGAAUCGAGUCGAGUGAUAUAGGUAGUACAGAUAAAACGAAGGAAAGUUUUUAUGAAGGAAAAUCGCGUCCUAAAAUAAUUGUAUCAUUUGGUGUUGUUCUGUUACAUUACGUCUCUAUUAGAACCAACGAUUGUGCCGUGUUUUUUUUUUCCAUCACCUGACUUUUGUUUACCAUCAAAACUACCUCUGAAACUCUUACAAUGGAGAACAUAACAUCUUCUCCUGAUAAUACUUGUUCUGAAGAGGAUGGAGAGCAGAAAUCAUCAAACAAUCGAGCUAGUGACAAUGGCCAGCGUUUUGAUACAGCAAACACAUCGUACACGGCCCUGAAUCAAAUGGAGGAAAAAAUGCGUCGAAAGUUACAGUUUUUCUUCAUGAACCCUAUUGAGAAAUGGAAGGCCAAGCGCAAAUUUCCUUACAAAUUCGUCGUCCAAGUCAUCAAGAUUGUUUUGGUGACGUUUCAACUUUGUUUGUUUGCCCACAAUAGAUAUAAUCAUGUCAACUACACAUGGGACAAUAGGAUCAGUUUCUCGCACUUAUUCCUGCUCGGCUGGGACUCCACUCGCGAGAUCAAUGCGUAUCCGCCAGGAGCUGGACCCUUGGCUAUCUACAAACAGGAUGAAUUUUAUAACACUCUAGAUUUCGCAUAUGCUGGCUACUUGAAUUUGAGCAACGCAAUUGGGCCCUAUUCAUAUAACAAUGAGGACAACAAAAGAGUGGACCCAGUUUUCUGUCAGUACAAUUACAAACAAGGAAUCAUUUACGGAUUCAACGAAAGCUACAUUUUCAAUUCAGAAAUUGUGGAGACUUGUGUCAACUUCACUAGCAGUGAAAACGAACUGUUUUCUUCUGAAAUGUACUUGAAGAAUUCUGGUAUAGAUAUUCAAUUUGCAGCGUUGGUACGGGCUAAAUUAAUGUUUUCUGUAAACACUAUCAACUUUAGGGCAGCUGGUCCGAUAACCCCACCGGACUGUUACAGGUUUGAUGUUGAACUGAUCUUUGACAAUGAAGACCAUGACGGCCAAAUGUCACUCAUAUUAGAUGCAGAGCCCUAUAAAUUGACUUGCAAAGGAGACACAGAAUAUGUAACGGAUAACAAAAUCGAUCAAGUGCUUCGGAGUAUAUUAAAUGUGCUUGUUAUUUUGAUAUGUUCAAUUUCAUUAGCACUCUGCAGUCGAGCGAUAUACCGAGCCCAGCUACUAAAAGAACUUACUGUUCAUUUCUUCCGUCACAAUUAUAAUAAAGAGCUCAGUGUAGAUGGGAGAUUGGAAUUCCUGAAUAUCUGGUACAUAAUGAUAAUUAUAAAUGAUAUACUCAUCAUCAUGGGGUCUGCAAUUAAAGAGCAAAUUGAGCGAAAUCAGUUCACCAAUGACCAGUGGAAUGUCUGCUCUUUGUUCUUAGGCACUGGCAAUCUUCUAGUUUGGUUUGGAGUCCUCAGAUAUUUAGGGUUCUUCAAAACCUACAAUGUUGUCAUACUAACUCUGAAGAAAGCUGCUCCAAAGAUAUUCAGAUUCUUGAUUUGCGCUCUUCUCCUUUAUGCUGGGUUUACGUUUUGCGGCUGGCUGAUAUUGGGACCGUAUCACAUGAAAUUCAGGUCGUUAGCAACCACUUCUGAAUGUCUGUUCUCUUUAAUAAACGGUGAUGAUAUGUUUGCCACAUUUUCAAUUAUGUCUAAGAAGUCUCCAAUGCUUUGGUGGUUCAGUCGAAUUUAUCUAUAUUCUUUUAUAAGCUUGUACAUUUAUGUUGUAUUAAGUUUAUUCAUUUCGGUCAUAAUGGAUGCGUAUGAUACGAUCAAGCAAUAUUAUAAGGAUGGUUUUCCUAAGAGUGAUUUACAGCAGUUUAUAGGUGAAGCUAAUUAUGAGGAAGUGUCUUCAGGUCUGUACAGGACCCAAAGCUCUUCAUCUUUGAAUGCAGUCAUGAAUUCAUUAUUCUGUUGUAAUUUUUACAGAAGUGCAUACUCAAAGAUUGGUGGAGGGACUUCAAGUCACAAUUUGUUAUAAGCUAUCUGUAGUCUAUUAUUGAAUAGAUAUAUAGAUGCAGUUAUCAUGUUAUCAGUUUUCUUAUCUUUUCAUUGUUUGUACAUCUGUUACAUAAUGACCUUGUUAGGAAAUUGGAAUCAACUGUUUACCUAAUUAGAAUCCUUUGAUUUAGGUAUAUUUUUUUUUGUGUAUUAGGAUCAAGUACAAUGCAUGCCAAAAGUGUAUAAAUUUUAUGAAACUUUUUAUUACAUAAAAUGUUUUUUUUUUUAAUAUUCACUUUGAUUACAAGUUUGUAGUAAUUGUAUUUUAAUACAUUUAUUUGUAUAUUUUGCUCAAUUUGUAAAUGUUGCAAAAGUAUAUUUAUAGUUUUAAUCUGAUAAGGAAACUUUAACUUGCCCAAAACCAAGUGUGUAUAAUUAUUUAGUUAAUUUAGUUUUAAUUUCUAAUAUUCAUUUUGAAUAGCAAAUUUAGUUUCAUAUCAGCAUGAAAGUGGAUAUUUUAUAAUACUCUUGAGGAACUAUAGGACAUUUUAAACAAUCAAGUACCUUAUUAUAUUUUCAUAUUCAAAUUGAAAUAUUGGCACAGAUUCAAAUAUAAGAAAGUCAGUUUCUUGAUACUUUGCCAUAUUUUUUUUUGUUUUAUAUUUUAGGUUGGUUUGGUGGUAUUUUGGGUACAGUCGGCAACCAAAGUAUUUUGAAAUCUCAUGCAAUAUGGUUCACAAUUAAAAUAAUUUACGAAGACAAAAUAAGUUUUGCCUCACCUUACAACGGCAGUAAGCCUGUGUACCUAAGAGUAUGUUCAUUAUUUUCUUUUUGCAAUUGAAGUUUCGUCCUCAUUAUGAACUACAAUGAACAGCUUCAUGUUAUAAAUUUAUUUUUUUUAUGUUUACCUAAAAUACAUUUAUUAAUAUGUUAAUUAAACAUUGGAUAAAAUGUAUGAGUACCAUUAUUGUACAGUAAUGACACCUUUGAGUAUCCUUUAAUAAAUAUUGUAUGUACUUCCUCAACAGUCAAAUAAAUGCAUAAUAUUAGCUAAGAAUAUUUAGUUACCAUUGUUAUCGGUUUUACAAUAUUUUAAAUGUUUUAGUAUCUGCCUAUUUUGGAGCUUCAUAUCAUAAACCAUUUAAGAUUCAGAAAUAUUCAUGGAAACUUAUAAUUAUCUAGCUUUUUCAAGAUUUGGCUCACGUACAAAUUUUCCGUAAAGAAAUUAGUUCCUGUUUGACGUUUGAUAAACUAUGUAUACUUACAAAUUUCAUCAAAAUCGGCCAGCGGUUUAGCCGUGAAGCGUGACAGAUAACCUUUUGAACAUAUGUAUUUUUUGUACGGACACGUAGAAACUUAUGGUUGGGCGCCAUAUUCGGUUUAUGAAAUUCCUGAUGUAGUCGCCCAGAUAACAUUUAUAAACUUGUAUAUAAAGAAAGAUGGCAACUAACCGUUAUUAAUUAAAUAAAUGUAUUUUUGUAUCA